AUGAUAACCCAUUCAGAAGACAGUUUUACAGCUUUGGAUAAAGGAGACUGCAUAACGUUAUCCAUUCCUGAAGUAGAUCGAGGGCCUCUUGAUUUCCUUAACAUUUAUGGGGUAAUAAUGAAUUACGAAAAUGGAGUAUAUCAAAUUGGCACAAAAGAUGGUCUACUGAAAGGUUGGUUUCCUCGAGCUGAAAUCAAGAAAUCUGGCAGCAAUGUUAUAACAUUUUCUGACGUAUCAACAGACACGCUAAUAUCUCUGAGAGAAGCAGCAGCUCAGCAGUCUAUCAGUGGUGGUCAGGGCUUUAAAAAGUGUAAUUGUAAAGCCAGUCAAUCGCAAUGUAAAACCAAACGAUGCAUUUGUUUUAAAUCGGGUACUCUAUGUGAUUCUCGUUGCCAUCAGAGCCAACCAUGUUCAAAUAAAUAA